AUGGGGUCUCCCGGCAAAGACUUCGGUCAAGAAGUAAGCGACCAAAUCAACGACGCCUUGAGCAGGCUGGCAACCAAGGAGAUGUUCCAGACGGACUGGGACAUCGCAGCCUUUGCCAUUUUCUUCAUUUUCAUCGGAGCAGUUCUCUUUUUGGUCCUCCUCGUUCUGAUCCGCUGCUGCUGCUGCUGCUGCGAUUGCGAGCCCUCUGGAUCGUACCACAAGGCUCCCAGAAAAGUUGGCGUCGAUAACCAGGCCAUGGAACCUUGAAGAGCAGCCAGGGCAGAUCGUAUC